AUGGUCCAAUAUCUGGAAGAGGCUAAACGGGCGUUGACCCUCUACCACUUCACGAAUCUCUUACUAUCUCUAGUUUUUCUGUUCUUGAAAGGUGUUCCAUCUAUCUGUGAAUAUCUCUUCACCUGGGAAGAUGAAGAAGAAGGAUGUAUGAUUGACUAUAGGGAGCGUGAAAUCCUCAUCUUCCUUGCUAUAGUGAUAGUUAUGAAAGGAAGAAAAGCAACGAAUUGGUUGCAUUAUCUCAAUAAUGUUUUCUUCUUCGCUAAAGUUGCCAAUGUCUUCCUUUUCUCAAGAGCUGAUCCAAUCAUGGGAAUCGUUUAUUUCAUCGUUUGUAUUGUGUUCUACGUCGUCUUCCCUGAGCCGGCGUUCAAUGGACCAGAGAAAAUCACUUAUUUCACUGGAACUGAGCUUUAUGACGAACUUCAAAAAAAUAAAUCGACAACUUGGGUGAUCAUGUUUUACGCUACUUGGAGUCAGGAUUGUAAGCAUGUUAACCCAGUUUUUGCUGAAUUGAGUGAAAAAUUCACAUUGCCAAAUCUGAAGUUCGGAAAACUAGAUCUAGGAAGAUCACCUAAAGAAGCCGAACGUUUCCGGGUUAAUGCACAUCCUACAUCUCGGCAGUUACCCACAGUUUCUUUGUAUAGCGAAGGUAAGGAAGUACGUAGACGACCAGUGGUUAACGAAAAGAGAAGAGCAGUUCCUUUCGUUUUUAGCAAGGAUAAUUGUAUUCUGGAGUUUGAUCUCUACAACUUACACAAGGAAUGUAAGGAAAAAUUGUCAACUCGUACCAAGAAGGCCAUGGAAAAGGAGAAGAAAAAUGAGUAA